CUCCUCUUUGCUCUUAUAACGGAGCCGUCCCAUCACAGAGGAGCUUUCGCUUCACUUGACUUCACACUGGGACACGGACCAACAUGUACUGGGAUUCCGCUAUCAAGCCCGACACCAAAAUAAAGAUGGAAGUGUGCCAAGGUGGCUUCUACGGGGAGGACUUUAGAACCCAGGAGGUGCCGGCAGGGUUUGACUUUGCAUCUUUCGACUACCCUGGUGAAGAUGUGUCUUUUCUGUUAGACAGCAGCAAGGCGUCCACGCAGCAGCCGCAGUAUUCACUCGACAGCAGUUAUGCGGAGCCGCCGAAAGUCAACUCAAGCGACAUUGGUCUCUUCAACCUGGACUCAUUCCAGGAAUUCACCUGGUGGACUUCUUAUCCACAAGACGGGCUGAUGGUGGAGCAGCACCAAGUGAGUGGUUACCAGGAGCCGGGGGCCAAUCAGAGCUACCAGAGCCUGGUGCCCCAGAGCGGCCGGUUCAGCCCGGCCACAGAGGGCAGCCACAGCCCCUUCCCGGGCGUCAAAAACACAGACGGCGAGUCGGGAUACUGCCGCCACACGGCCGACCUCUACCCUGACUCGGACGGCCAGAGAGGCUUCUGGUCCGAAUACUCCCCGGCUGGCUUUGGCGGUCCCCCGCCGCACCCGCCUACGCCCUCCGUCUGCCCCGCCCCCACCAACCCAAGCCCUCAGCCGUCAGACCACUACUACCCCCGUGUGGCCAAGCGCAAAAAUCUCCAGCGGCCCGACAGGGACAGUCACGUGGCCCCUAUGUCCGCUUAUCCAGGUUCUGGCCCGAUCCAGCUGUGGCAGUUCCUACUGGAACUUCUUCUGGAUUCCGCCUGUCGCACCUUCAUCUCCUGGACCGGGGACGGCUGGGAGUUUAAGAUGUCUGACCCAACUGAGGUGGCCAAGCGCUGGGGCCAGUGCAAGAACAAGCCCAAGAUGAACUACGAGAAGCUGAGCCGGGGCCUUCGCUACUACUACCACAAGAACAUCAUCCACAAGACGGCGGGCAAGCGCUACGUGUACCGCUUUGUCUGCGACAUGCAGGGCAUGCUGGGAAAGACGGCACAGGAGGUGCUGAGCAGCCUGAACAUUUUGCCCACCUCCAGCAGCACAGAGUCGUCCGCGUCAGACUUCAGCAGCGAGCGAUGGGAGUAAAAAA